AUGUCCCGCGUGCGCCGCCUCUUGCUCGGAUACCUGUUCCCGGCCCUCUGGCUGCACGGGCUGGGAGAGGGUUCUGCCCUCCUUCAUCCAGACAGCAGGUCCCAUCCUCGAUCCCUAGAGAAAAGUGCCUGGAGGGCUUUCAAAGAAUCCCAGUGCCAUCACAUGCUCAAGCAUCUUCACAAUGGUGCAAGGAUCACUGUGCAGAUGCCACCAACGAUCGAGGGCCACUGGGUCUCCACAGGUUGCGAAGUGAGAUCAGGGCCAGAAUUCAUCACCCGAUCUUACAGAUUCUACCACAAUAACACCUUCAAGGCUUACCAGUUUUACUAUGGCAGCAACCGUUGCACAAACCCUACCUAUACACUUGUCAUCCGAGGCAAGAUUCGCCUUCGCCAAGCAUCCUGGAUCAUCCGUGGGGGCACUGAGGCUGACUACCAGCUGCAUGGUGUCCAGAUCAUCUGCCACACAGAAGUGGUUGCUGAGCAGCUCAGCCAGCUGGUGAACCGCACAUGCCCAGGCUUUCUGGCCUCGGGUAGCCCUUGGGUACAGGAUGUGGCCUAUGAUCUGUGGCGGGAAGAAAAUGGUCAUGAGUGUACCAGGGCCGUGAACUUUGCCAUGCAUGAGCUGCAACUCAUCCGAGUGGAGAAGCAGUACCCCCACCAUGGCCUGGACCAUCUUGUGGAAGAGCUUUUCCUUGGUGACAUCCACACAGAUGCCACCCAGAGGAUGUUCUACCGACCAUCUAGUUAUCAGCCACCCCUACAAAAUGCCAAGAAUCAUAACCAUGCCUGCAUAGCCUGUCGGAUCAUCUACCGCUCUGAUGAACACCACCCUCCCAUCCUGCCCCCAAAGGCUGACUUGACCAUUGGUCUGCAUGGGGAAUGGGUGAGCCAGCGUUGUGAGGUGCGUCCUGAAGUCCUGUUCCUCACCCGCCACUUCAUCUUCCACGACAACAACAACACCUGGGAAGGGCAUUACUACCACUACUCAGAUCCUGUGUGCAAGCACCCCACUUUCACCAUCUAUGCCCGGGGCCGAUACAGUCAUGGCAUGCUCUCCUCCAGGGUCAUGGGUGGCACAGAGUUCGUGUUCAAAGUGAAUCACAUGAAGGUCACCCCGAUGGAUGCAGCCACUGCCUCACUCCUCAAUGUCUUCAAUGGGAAUGAAUGUGGGGCUGAGGGCUCCUGGCAGGUGGGUGUUCAGCAAGAUGUGACGCACACCAAUGGCUGUGUGGCCCUGGGCAUCAAGCUACCUCACACAGAAUAUGAGAUCUUCAAAAUGGAGCAGGACGCCCGGGGCCGUUACCUGCUGUUCAAUGGCCAGAGGCCCAGCGAUGGCUCCAGCCCAGACAGGCCAGAGAAGAGGGCCACAUCCUACCAGAUGCCUUUGGUCCAGUGUGCCUCAGCCUCGCCCAGGGCGGAGGACUUGUCAGAAGACAGUCGGGACCAGGCACCAGGGAGGAGACCCCAGGCCCUGCUGCCUACUGUCCUGUUAAGCCUUUUGACUUUACUACAUUGGAACAUCCUCAGAUAGAAGAUUUUUAGAAAAUGCUAUUUUUUCUAAACUAAGAAUCCCUUACCAUUUACAGAUUUUUUUAAACAAAAAAAGACAUGAUUCUUUUGAUGCACUUGAAUGCCUGAGAACUGUCAUCCCCUUCCCCCUCCAGCCUGAGUCAUGAACAGCCUGUUUGAAGUUUUCUGCUUUGAACUCCGUCCAGCUGAUUCCUGGCCUGAGCAACUUCGUGGCACUUUAAGCCUGCAGCAUUUGGGGCGAGCGUGUUUGGUAAAGGCAGCUGGGGGUGGGGGUCAGAGCUAGGUCCUUCCAUUUUUGUGCUUCCAAUUAUUAUUGUAUUGCUGAGUUGAGCUUAGAAGAAGCAUAUGACAAGCUACAUUUUUUUCCUGCCAUUUUACUAUGGUUAUGUCCUGUCUCCUUUGAAACAGUUUUACACUCCAAUUUUUCUAUGAUGGAAUCCUACACAGAAUUAGUUUGGGACUGUAAUCAAAACACCUUGCCUUAAGAUAGAGGAGCCAAAUGAUAGUAGUUAAUGACUGCAAUCCUAGCUACUGAGGAGGCUGAGGAGCAAGGUUCAAAGCCAACCGUAGGCUGUAAAGUCUAUGUGAAUUAUCUCCAAUUAACCAGAAAAAAUCUGGAAGUUGAGAUGUGGCUCAAGUGCUAGCCUCGAACAACAACAAAAAAAAAAACCCAAAAAGCUAAUGGAUAAUGCCCAUGCCAAGAGUUUAAGCUCCAGCACUGGCCAGCACAUGCAUGCACACACGCACGCGUGCACACGCACACACACACACACACACACAAAGAUUUAGGUAUAGAUAUGUACAGAGGAAAAAGUACAAGGUUUAGCUAAACUAUCUUAUAAUCUAUACCAAAAUAAGGAGAGAAAUCACAACUUUAGGAAAUGUUGCGUGGGAAUGUAUGGUAAUUAAAGUUUAAAAGUAAUUUAAACUGUUCUUACUUUAUUAUUUUUGUUUUGCUGAGAGAAGAGGCACAUGUUCUGUGCUGCUGGUUACAUAAUGCAAGCUGCUUCUGUAUUUGUUCUCACCAGGCCCAGACACUGGGAAAAAUAAGAAAGCAAGCUA